CCUUCGGUCCCCGUCUUCGGCGCUCGGAGCCUGCAGUCGGUUGCCGUUGGGUGUUGUCGCUCUCUCGGCCGGUCGUGUUCCGAGUGUGCGUGUGCGUUCGUCGGCCGCCACUUGGCGUGUGGCGGGCUGGGGCUGCCCCGGGGCCGCUGCACAAGCUGCCGGGUAACCCGGGGAGCGGUUGGGUGUCCCCUCUCCCUCCCCCAGCACCAACUUCUCCUUCCCCCCCUCAUUCCCCUGCCUCCUCAGCCAGGCGCCUAAUAAGCAAGAUUAGGUGCCUUGUUGCCUUUUCAGGCAUGGAUAAAAAAGAAUGGAUUGAAGAAAAAGAUCAAUUAAAUGAUACAUUAAAAAUGUGUGGCAUGAAAAAACCAUAUAGAUAUUCCAAGGAAAAGCUGCUAGAAAUCAAAGAGUACCCAUAUGCAAAGCAGAGACCAGCAUGUCUUUUGGAAAAAUAUGACAGUGAAGGCAUCUGGGAUCCUGAAAAGUGGCAUGCAUCCUUGUAUCCCAGUUCUGGCAGGAGUUCGCCACUGGAUGGAACUAAGAGGGACUAUGCUUCAGAUUUGGAGAGAGCAGUUCUCAAGCGAAGAAUUGCAGAUCCACGAGAGAGAAUAAAGGAAGAAGAUAUUGAUGUUGUACUCAGUCCUCAACGCCGAAGCUUUGGCGGUGGCUGUCAUGUGACCAAUACAUCAAAUAGUCGACGAUCUGGAAGCCCAUUGGAAAAUAAAGAGAAUGAAAAUAUUCGCGGGUUGGGUUGCCAGCGGAGAAUUGGAAGUGGGCGCAUAAUAACAUCAAGAACCUUUGAUCGGGAUGGCAGAGACAAAGACUUGCGUGACAGAGAUGCUAGAGAAGGAAGGGAACGAGACUACAAGGAGAAGCGUUUUAGGAGGGAGUUUGGCGAUGGCAAACGUAUUUUUAGUGAGCGAAGGCGAUGUGAUUCUUACACUGAAGAGGAGCCAGAAUGGUUCUCCGCUGGCCCCACUAGUCAGUCAGAAACAAUAGAGCUGACUGGCUUUGAUGAUAAAGUACUAUUGGAGGAUCCGAGACGGGCAAAGAGGUGGAGGAAGCGAUCGGAAACCCUUAAAGAAGGUGUAGAAUGCAAUGGUGCUGUCCAAGCAACAGAAGUAUCUACUGCUUCUGCAUCAGAAGCUGACCAAGAAGUUCCCCAGGAAGCAGUUCUGCCUGAACCCUCGUUAGGAGAUUUUGACUUCAAUGAGUUCUUCAACAUGGAGAAAAGUGUACCUGGACUAGCAUCGAUGAUUGAAGAGGUGCUUGGUGAAGGAUCAGUGUCAUCCAGCCGGUUCAGUCAAUGGUUCUCGAGUAACUUAAGUAGACCAGGUAGUCGCUCCAGUAGCCUGCGAUCUACCCCACACGAAGAACUCGAGAGACUUGCUGGUCUGGAGCAGAGGAUCCCAACUCCUGUUUCACAACUUGGAAACUAUUUUGCUCCCAUUCAAUCACGAGAAGAUAAUAAGGAGAUUAAUAAAAAGGUUGACAUUUUAGAGAUACUGCGAAAAGCAAAUGUGGAUGUGAAACCACUGCUGUCCAGUCUCACUGCCAACAAGGAGAAACUAAAGGAGAGUUCACAGACUGGAGUGGUUCUGUCUGUAGAAGAGGUGGAAGCAGAACUGAAAGGUCUCAAAAUGGAAUCUGAGAGGAAGCUUGCCACCCCAUUCAUGGUGGAACAUCUGGAACAGACUCUCACUGCAUCAUCUGGUCCCAAACAAAUACAAAAAAAAGACACAGAUAUGACUGCUUUCAAUAAACUAGUUAACAGUAUGAAGGCAAGUGGAACCUUGCCUUCACAAUCAAAACCCCCUGAAAUUCUACCACCCCCUGUAAUGGGGCCUCCAUCCCCAGAUAUUCUAGGUGACCUGCUUGGCAGUCAGAAUCAUCAUACACCAGUCCUAAAUCAGCAAGGCCAUUCGUCCCCCAUACCAGCAUUCCAGCAGCCAUCCCCAUCGGAAUUCUUCAGAGUCAAGUCUCCGAUUGGUUAUCCCCCAAAUUCUACCCAUGUUCAAGAUCACUACCAAGGACUGCCAUUGUCCAAAAACGUCUCUCCUAUUCCACAGGCUGAUAGUUCAUCCCAAAUGGAUAUGCGACAGGGAGCCAUGGAACGUCUUCCCUUUGCGCAAGACCUGCACAUGCCUGGUGGGGAUGUUUACCAACCUGGAUAUGGGAAAAUACACCAUGAACACAGCAGGGAUAGCUACAGUGUCAGGCAGCAGCGAAUUAGGUCGCCUGGACCAGCUAGUCAGCACAGAUUGAAUGCAGCAUCACCAUCGCAGGCCUCCUCGUUCACAAACAUGCUUUCUCCAUCAUUCACUCCUACCUCAGUAAUCAGAAAGAUGUUUGAAAGCAAGGACAAAGCCAAGGAUGGGAAGGAGAGCCAUCCAGUGAAGGACUUUGUGGAGGAUGGACACGGCCUAAUGGAAGGCCACUUGUCACCUGGUUCUCAACAGGAAAAUACAAACAGGGGGGCAUCUCCAAUAGGAGGAACAAGGUCAACCUAUCACAGAUCUGCAUGUACAACUCCUCAGUUAAACCAGAUGCGUUUCACCAAAGACCAAGACUAUAGACCUAGAUCCACAGGAAGGAAAACCCCAACUGGGGCUUCUCCAGUUCCUGGGUCUUCAUUUCCUCGACCCAUUUGUCCUCUAUCCUUCAUGUCACACGUACCGCUUGUGCGUCAGUCUCCCCCUCAUUUGCCUCCGGGGGUAGUUCAGAGGAUGCUGGCACAAGGCAUUUCACCACAACAGCUACUUCAUGCAGGUAUGUUUCAGUCGGGUGUGGAUCUAUCACAUUUGCAGAGCCUCCCUCCAACUCUCCUUGGGCAGACCUUCUACCCUCUUCCAGCAAGUGGACUCCCUCUCCUGAACCCUCGAGCUGCAAUCUCUGCAGCACAAAUUCAGGCAUCUGGAACAUCCUUACAGCACCUGGCUAUGAUAAGACAAGUGCUGCAGUCACCAAACACAAGUGGCCAAGGACCUGGAGCCACCUGCAUCUGAACCAGCAGAAUUUCUACACUGCAGCCUCUCCAUCAGAGAAGUGGAUCCCCUGUCAAUCUCUCCAAGUGGUUCGGCAGUGAUGUCCUUCAACAGCCAUUGCCGUCUAUGCCCAGCAAAGUGAUCAGUGUGGAUGAACUUGAACUCCAUCAGUAGAAGUGUGGCAAUGUAAAAAUAUGUGAAAAGAUGAGACCGUUUAAGAAGGGAGCUGCAGGCAUCAAAGUACUAGGGGAAUGGUCCUGAAAGUGGAUUGUUUUUGUUACCCAGUGUUUCCUGACCCCCUUGACUGGAGAAAAAAAAGCUACUUGGGAGCAUGACCACCUGGGGAAGCAACUAAAUCCCAACAGUAAGAUAGGUGGAGAAAAGUUUGAUCAGUUAAUCUCUGUGGCAAAUGCCUGUCUUGAACACUGGAUACUUUUAAGAAUCCAGUGAACUCUUAAAGCAGCAAAAAGUGGGUUUUGAGGGGUUUUACAAAUGUAGGCCACCGUGAGAAUUGUAUAGACCUUGUGUACAGAAACUUGUUGUGUAAAAUAACACUGCUCACAUCUGUACAUAUGCAGUGGCUGACUGUACAUAAAACUGCUGGAAGGAUGAAUGCAAUGACUUGUACACCAGUUUUGCUGAAAUUUUGUAAUUUUUUUGUGGAAUUUUGCAGCAUGAAUAUUUUUAAUUUCCAAUGCACUACAUGGUUCCUGAGCAGGCCUGUGAACAUUGACCAGUAGGUAGUAAUUAAGCAGGCAACUCUGUACUGGGAAUGUUCUGUAUAUACUAGAUUUGAUUUGAUGCUGGGAGCAGGAAAUGGCAGAAAAUGCUGUAAACUUUUUUGUUGGAAAAAACUAGGUCAGAUUGGAUCCAGUUUAGUGCUAUUGGGCUGGGAACCAAGUCUUCAGCAUGAAGUCAUCCCUACUCGUCUAGUUGACCCUGAUGUCCACACAGACUGCUUGGGUUGGAUUGGGGCAGGGGAGUGGGGGAUGCAAGCUUGAAUUUGGUAACUUUCAUUUUGCAAAGAGAUGGCUGAGUGCUUGAGUUGUAAAUUUGCUUACCAGUUUGGCAUGAAGGCCCUCAGCACCCAUACAGACAAUGUUGCCUCUAGUGUUCAGGAAGUAGUGUUUUUUUUUUUGUGCCUUUUUUGUUCUGUGGCUUAAAAUGCUAUCUUCUCUCCUCCCCUCUCCCAAACCAAUUUAAUGUACUGUCCUCUCACUACACUGUAAAGCUCUGCUUUGCAUUAAGUAAUGUGACCAUGACUGCUGGAAUUUGUUGUUUAGGGAAGGGAAAAGCACAAAGGUGACUUUCAAAAUGACAAUAAAAUAUGAAUUCAAUGUUAAGUUUCUUCCAAUUAAUGCAAAUUUUGUUUCUCCAAAAGGCUGUAUGCCUUUUUAUAAUUUAGAAUUGCAGGCAGUGUUUGAAUACCUGUCCUAUGACAAAAACAGGUGAGUUUGUUCUAUAGUGCCAAAUUCAAAUAGAUACACAUAAACACUUGUGUUGACACAGCUACAUGUUUAAACAUGCAGAGCAGC